GUCCUUCAAUCUGCUGUUAGGUAUUCAUUUGCUUUAGGUGGGCAGAGUGCUGGUUGCUAUCUGCUAAGGCAUGCCAGUGACAGUUGUGUGGCACAUCACUGAGCACAGAGUCUCAGGCUGAGAGCUUUGCUUCAUUGCUGAUAAGCAGUGGAAAUGGGAGGGCUUGAGGCAGUGGCAGGAGUAUAAGAAAGCAUUGGUAGUUACUGGGUGUAUAAUCAACAAAUAUACAGAGAGCUGUAGCUAGGCUGCUAUCUACAGAUUUAUAACUAAAAAGACUAUCACAGUGGAAAGAGAUAAUUGAAUAUAAAUGAAGUUCUUACCUGUGUCCUAGGCUCACAGAAAAACUCCAAAGGCAGCAGUCUCCAGAAAGAGAUCCUUCCCCAGUGGCAGUCAGCUCUUAAAUGGGAUCUAAGAGAGGUGCAGCCUGGCUCCAUCCCUUUCAGUCACAAAGCUGAAUUGCCUUCACCUGUGCUCCCUUGGCUGAUGCAGUCCUUGUCUCAGGACCUUAACCUGCCGUGAUGCCCACCCAUGUGGAUCAAGUGAUGCAAUUGCUUUGCCGCGUUGCUCAGGAGAAGGAAAUGAGAGCAGCUAUCAAGCACUCUCGUGAAGGAGCAUCCCUGGCUUUUGUAGGCGCGUUUGUUGGAGGUUUGCUUGAAGGUCCACCUGGCAUCGCUAUAGGAGGAGUGCUUGGUGGACUGCUUGGUGCCUGGGUGGCCAGUGGACAGUUCAAGCCAGUCCCUCAGAUUAUAAUGGAGUUGCCUCCUGCCAAGCAGCAGAAACUCUACAAUGAAGUCAUUGCAAUAAUCAGGAACUUCGACUGGACUGAUAUGGUUCAACUGACUGCACUUGUCAUGGGAAAUAGUGAUCUUAAGUUUCUGCUGACAAGUGCAGUUGAAAAGUUCUUCAUCAGAGAGCUAAGGGCACAGAUGAAGUAUGGAAAAUAAACCUUUUCGGGCCUGGUUUUUAGAUUUUGUUGAAUUUUAGUUUGACAACUGUGAUUCUCUGCUGUAGCAAUUAUUAGGGUUAGGAUUGUCACUGUAGCUUUCAUUUCUCAGCUGACUCUGAAUACUCUGUUUUAAUUUAAAAAAAUAAAUAAAUCCUGAAAGCAUCA